AUGUUCGGCGACGUGUACAAGGCCUGGGACCGCGCCGGCAAUCGCCUCGUGGCCGUGAAGCGCCUCAGUGGCCGGACCGACGACCGCUUCGUCCAGACGGCCCUCCACGACUUGGCCCGGGAGGCCAUGUCCCUCGCCGCCUGCCGCGGCCACCCGUCCGUCGUCAAGCUCGUGGCCACCCACGCCGACAGCGGCCGCCGCGACGGCGACUGCUUCCUCGUCACCCGGUACGCGGGGCCCCUGAACCUGCACCGGUACCUGGCGCUCCGGUUCGAGCAGGAGCGGCCGUUCACGGAGGCCGAGGUGCGCGACGCCAUGCGGCAGCUCCUCUCCGGCGCCAAGCACGUGCACAAGGCCGGCGUCCUGCACAGGGACAUGGCGCCGGAGAACGUGGUCGUCGACCGGACGAAGAAGGGCAGGAUGGUCUACAGGAUCUGCGGCUUCGGCAUGUCUGCGUCGCGGGUGGCGGGGAAGGACGGCGUCGCGGCGCUGGCGUCGGCGAGCCCGUACCGCGCGCCGGAGCUCUUCCUCGGCUCCGAGGACUACAACGAGCGGGUCGACACGUGGGGGCUGGGCUGCAUCAUGGCCGAGCUCGUCGCCGGCGCCGGCGGGCCGUUCUUCGGCAAGUCGUAUGCCGAGGUGUUCGAGAAGGUGCAGCACGUGGCCGGGACGAGGGGCAUGGUGAAGUGGGCGGGGCUGGAGCGCGUCGCCGGGCGCGAUCGGGCGGCCCGGCUGCGGGAGAAGGGCUUGGCCACGUACGCCGGCUGCCUGCGGGAGGUGUUCCCGGAAGGGGUGAUUUCGGAGCGCGGCUUCGAGGUUCUCGCCGGGCUGCUGGACACCAACCCGGAGAGCAGGCUCACCGCAGAGGAGGCGCUCCAGAAGCUGUGGUUCCGGCGCUAUGGCUUCGCUGGCCGCUGCUUCGCGCCAUGA